AUGGCAAUUUCAUUGACAAAACUAUGUAAACCUCUCUAUUCUUUUUCUUUCCCCUCCAUUUACUUCUCAUCUCCCAUCCAUUCAAUCUCAUCACAAAGGUUACUUGAGCAAUCAAUCAAAUCCGCCAUUGAAUCCAAAAAUUACCAACAAAUUGUUGACCUUCUCAAUGACUCAAACAAAACCAGUCAAACCUCCAAUCCAUUCUCAUUCCUCUUAAACUUUCCCCAAAACCAUAGAACCAAAGUCAUUAAUGAAGUUCUACAAAGUUUUGUCCCUUUAAGACCUCGUUCUCACCCUCGAGUCGCCUAUUCUCACCUCCUCUCUUUCACCCUACAAAGCCCUAAUCCCCUACCACUCUCCCUAGCAAUCCUCCAACGCACCUUUCGAUCAGGUUGCUCCCCUGUUCCUCAAACUCACCUACUUCUCUCAAGUGUAUGGCUUCAUCAAAGAAAACAACCCAAUCAAACUGUCCCCACUAUUCUACUUCAAAUGAAAUCGAUUGGAUAUCAACCCGAUAGUGGAACCUGCAACUACCUCAUUUCCUCACUAUGUAAGGUCGAUCAGUUUGAUGAAGCAAUUCAAGUAUUAAAGGGUAUGGCUAAGGCUGGUUGUGUUGCUGAUGUGGACAGCUUUAGUUCUGUAAUUGGUCCACUUUGUGACCUUAAAAAAACAAAACAAGUUGAAGAGCUGAUGAAGGAGAUGGUAUCUAGAUAUAGAUUGUCUCCGAGAAAAGAGAUGGUGGUAAAGGUGAUAAAGUCAAUGCGAGCAAACAAAGAAGUGGAUAAAACAGUUGAAAUGGUUAAUUUUCUUGAAGAAAUGAAUCUAGAAAUUGGGUUUGAGAGCUAUGAGUUAGUUGUUGACAUGUGUUUGGAAGCUAAUUUAUUCGUUUUAGCAGGAAAAGUUGCUAUAAGAAUGACAAACAAAGGGUUUAUACCACAUAUAAAAGUGAGACAAAAAGUAUUUCAAAAGUUGGCUGAUGCUGGACAAGUGGAGCUUGCUUAUUUUCUUAAAAACAGAUUCACAGAACUUAACUCUUAG